CAGUCUCCACUUAAAGCGCUGUUGUACCGGUACUUUCUAUAGCCCAACACACCCGUUGCUGCCGCGUGCCGUAUCUCUCUCAGAUACCACAUCAUCCUGCUGUAUAUCCCUAUCAAUACCUGUUAUUACCCACAUAUCACACGACACUCGCAUCAAUGGGUGACUCGGUCGUGAGCAAGUGGUCUGCAGGAGUUGGCUACGGUCCAGUUCUCUCUCAGACUGACCUUUAUCUGCUCAAUACCGAGCUGCAGCUAAAUCCUAUCAUGGCUGGUGCUAGCCAUGGCUUCCACCUCAUGUUCAACCUCGUCACUGGUUCUACUGGUGGAUUCAACCCCAAUGACCGAGAUCGUGAUAUCCCAUUCUCUGCUAAAGACGAGCCUGCAACGCUUCCCCGCAUUCAAGAUCUCAUCAUCAUUACCGAGUCCAGCCCGUGGUGCACGGUAGUGCACAAUGAACGUGGCGUUACAAUGGGUGAUGUCUGCAGCACGAUUUGGAAAGAGUACACGGAGAAUUAUGUGACAGAUGCAGAAUUCAACGUUCUCCCUCCAAGGUUGCAGGAACAGGUUAAGAGGGCCGCUGCGCACAAUAAUUCCUCCGGUGCCGCUUGGAACAUGUAUUACAAUACGCCUGCACCCAAUCGGUACAGACGGGUCGAUUGGCUUCGAGACAAGUACUACUUUGAUGGUCUGUCGAAGAAGGAAAACUACUCGCUUCAACGUCUCGGAUUCAAGGCCCCCAACAUCUUCGUACUGAAUCUCACCUCAUGAUGUAUUCUCACGCUUCCCUCUGUGCCCCACGAUGUAUCAUAUGUCGUAUACUCUAUGCUAACUCUUGUCAAACCUAAGGAA